AAAUUCUUGAGGACAAAGGUUGUUUCUAAACUGGACAACACAGCGGUCUUGGGGAAUUUCCAACCCAGAUACUCACAUAUAAGCAGACCCGGGGAUUCUUUUCUCACUCAGCCUCUCAUUACAGACAUGGCCACCUGCAUCUGUAUUGUCCAUUCUGAGCAAUGGCCGUUAAUGACCUUUGACACUGCUGAGAGUGACAAAGUGAAGAAGAUAAAUGAACAUAUCAGAUCCAAAACCAAGGUUUCUGUGCAGGACCAGGUCCUUCUGCUAGACUCCAAGAUCCUCAAGCCCCAGAGAACACUGUCGUCUUAUGGCAUUAACAAGGAAACAACCAUCCACCUCACCCUGAAGGUGGUGAAGCCCAGCGAUGAAGAGCUGCCCUUGUUUCUGGUGGAGUCAACCAAAGAAGGGCAAAGGCACCUCCUCCAAGUUCGAAGAUCUAACUCAGUGGCCCAGGUGAAAGAGAUGAUUGAGAGUGUGACCUGUGUGACCCCCAAGACUCAGAUUGUGACGUGCAAUGGGAAGAGGCUGGAAGAUGGAAAGAUCAUGGCUGACUACAACAUCAGGAGGGGCAGUUUGCUCUUUCUGACAGGGCACUGCAUUGGGGGGUGACUAUGUGGAUGGGCUGAUAAGAGCAUCAAAGCCCACCCCUUUUAGCUCUUACCAAUCACAUCCUUUGAUGAUUUAAAAAAUGUAAUGAGAAUGAAAUAAAAAUUGGAGACGAGGUGGAUACAUUAAAAAUA